ACAACCAACACCCCCAAAUACUACAGCUGUAACGCACACACACACACACACAACCAACACCCCCAAAUACUACAGCGGUAAUGCACACACACAACCAACACCCCCAAAUACUACAGCGGUAAUGCACACACACAACCAACACCCCCAAAUACUACAGCGGUAACGCGCACACACACACACACAACCAACACCCCCAAAUACUACAGCUGUAACGCACACACACACACACAACCAACACCCCCAAAUACUACAGCGGUAACGCACACACACACAACCAACACGCGCAAAUACUACAGCGGUAACGCACACACACACACACAACCAACACCCCCAAAUACUACAGCUGUAACGCACACACACACACAACCAACACCCCCAAAUACUACAGCGGAAACGCACACACACACAACCAACACGCGCAAAUACUACAGCGGUAACGCACACACACAACCAACACGCACAAAUACUACAGCGGUAACGCACACACACACACAACCAACACCCGCAAAUACUACAGCGGUAACGCACACACACACAACCAACACCCACAAAUACUACAGCGGUAACGCACACACACACACACAACCAACACCCCCAAAUACUACAGCGGUAACGCACACACACAACCAACACCCCCAAAUACUACAGCAGUAACGUGCACACACACACACAACCAACACCCCCAAAUACUACAGCGGUUACGCACACACACAACCAACACCCCCAAAUACUACAGCGGUAACGCGCACACACACAACCAACACGCGCAAAUACUACAGCGGUAACGCACACACACAACCAACACCUCCAAAUACUACAGCGGUAACGCGCACACACACAACCAACACGCGCAAAUACUACAGCGAUGAAGCGUUCCUGCUAAGUGAGCCGCAUGUCUCUGCAAUGCUGCAGUGUUUAGAGGCUGUAGAGCAGAACGACCCACGAUUGCUGGCGCUCAUCAACACCGUCCGGAUCAGAGAGCUGUCCCAGCUGAAGGAACCGGUUCCUCUCGGUCUAGUGAAGAGUCACAGCUUGUACCUCCUACCCCCAGAGCGCCCCCUGGCGGCUGUCCGCAGACACACUUCCCACCCCUCCCUCACAGAGAGUAACACGACCUGCUCACAUACUCAGCCUGACUCUGAGGUCGUGGCCCACAGUGGUUCGAUGAGGUCAGGAGGUGCGGUGGGGGCUCCGUGUGGGUGUGACCGUGGUGAUGUCAGCACAGAGCUCCCACAGGUGUGUGUGAGUGAGCCCCCCAACCCUCCCCAACCAGAGCAGGCAGAGAGUGUGGAUGGAGACGGUGACGAUGGGCCGGAGUACCUCGCCAUCGGCAACCUGGGCAGGCGGAGACACUCCAGCAGCACCGCCCACAUUAGUGAGACUCCACCCGUGCCCACUCAGUCCGCCCCCGCCCCUCCGCAGCCCCCCCGCCGCAACUCCUUCUCUGACACACAGCGGGGAAUCGGGCGGAGCUUCAGGGGUCAUGCGAGGUCACUGUCUGACACCGGGGUUGCACAGAAACACAAACAAGGCGGCCACAGGAAAAUCACCAUAAUAAUAGAGGAUCCUGUAGCAGAAUCUGCGGUGGAUGAAUCGAGUGUGAAGAGUUUCGGGCCAUUCUCUCCUCAGAGCAGCAGCAGCAGCAGCAGCCACAGCUCGCUCUACAUGGAGGCCAACGGUUUUCAGUACAGCACUGUUUCUGAUGGAAUGUUCCGGAAGCCGUCGGAGGGCCAAAGUCUGAUCAGUUAUCUCUCGGAGCAGGACUUCGGCAGCUGUGCUGAUCUGGAGAAGGAGAACGCUCACUUCAGCAUCUCGGAGUCUCUAAUUGCCGCGAUCGAGCUGAUGAAGUGUAACAUGUGCCGGAGAGCGGAGGAGGCGGAGGAGGAAGGAGACAGUGACUCUGAGAUCCAGCAGCUGAAGCAGAAGAUCCGCCUGCGCAGACAGCAGAUCCGCCGCAGCCGACUGCAGCCCAGCAGCUCUCAGCACGUAUUCACCUCCACAGACAGUGGUUCACCAAAGAGUUCCCAUGAUUCCUUUCCCCAUUCUGACUCCGGAUCAGCAGAGGAGGUGGAGGACUUCGAGCUGAGAGAUGGCUGCGACGGUCCGGCGCUGUUGGCGUCUCAGAGCGGACUCUCACUGUCCCUCGCUUCACUCUUCUCAGAUGCAGAUAUUAAACCCAGCGUGACUCCCAGCAGGUCCUUCAUCAGCUCUGAGUCCAUUUCUCCAUCUCUCCUACAGUCGAACUCUGCCGAGUCGGUGGCGAUGGGGCUGCUGAGGCAGUUUGAGGGGAUGCAGCUCCCGGCAGCAUCAGAGCUGGACUGGCUGGUUCCAGAACAUGACGCUCCACAGAAGCUCCUGCCGAUUCCUGACUCUCUCCCAAUCUCUCCUGAUGAUGGAGAGCAUGCAGAUAUCUAUAAGCUGCGGAUCCGGGUGCGAGGGAAUCUGGAAUGGGCUCCGCCGCGACCACAGAUCAUCUUUAACAUCCACCCGGCGCCAAAGAGGAAGGUGGUGGUGGCCAAACAGAACUACAGGUGUGCAGGCUGUGGUACACGCAUCGAUCCAGAUUAUAUAAAGCGGCUGCGGUACUGUGAGUAUCUGGGCCGGUAUUUCUGUCAGUGUUGUCAUGAGAACGCGGUUGCUGUGGUGCCGGGCCGCGUGCUCAGGAAAUGGGAUUUUAGUAAAUAUUACGUCAGUAACUUCGCUCGCGACCUGCUGGGGAAGAUCUCAGGAGACCCGCUAUUCAACCCCAACGACAUCAACACCGCGCUCUACAAGAAGGUCAAAGCUCUGGAGACAGUGCGGGUUCUAAGAGUUCAGCUGUUCCACAUGAAGAAUCUCUUUAAGACCUGCCGCUUAGCUAAAGAUGUGCUGGAUGAGUUUGAUUUGGUUCCGGGUCACCUGACGGAGGAUCUGCACCUGUUCUCUCUGAAUGACCUUACUGCCGUCCGUUCCGGAGAACUUGCCCCAAAACUCCGUGAGCUGCUCCGCUCAGGCUCCACCCACGUCUCAGGCUGCAUGCUCUGCCAGGCGAAGGGCUUCGUGUGUGAAUUCUGUGGCAACGACAAAGACAUCAUCUUCCCCUACGAGCUGAACAAGUGCCAGCGGUGUGAAGAGUGUAACGCCUGUUACCACAAGACGUGCUUUAAAAGCGGCCGCGAGUGUCCGCGAUGCCAACGGCUCGCAGAGAGGAGAGAGAGGAUGGCCCGCAAAAACAUGGAGGAGGAAGAGGACGAGGUGGAAGAGGACAAAGGGGGGAUGUAGCAACAGAACAAAAGCACAGAGACGCACAAUUAUGGGAUAUAUUUUACACCAAGCAGGAUUACUCAGCUAGCCGGGUAACUCAAGCCCGAAGUCAAGCUAAGCAGCAGGGGGCGCUGUUCCACAAUGCGAUGUUGCAGAAUUACUCAGUUAUCCACAUAACUUAAGCCUACUGCUUUAUGAAACAGCGCCCCCUACUGAGAGUUGAAGGCUUAAGUUAAUCGAAAGAAUUCUGCUGUGUGAAAUGGCGCCUCCUGCUGUUUGCUUACAUGCACAGCACCCUGCUUUUGUCUCACUCGUGAGUUUUUCAGCUUUGAGCGCGGAAGCGUUUUACUGCAGCAGUUCGGUUUGUAUAUUUGCCUCAUUUUUGAGAUAUGAAAUCAUAUUCCGUUUAACGUUGUUAUUGCAGAAGUUGUAUUCUGCUUCCGUCCGUGUUCAAUUUGUUUGUUUUCUGUUAUUUUUAAUCGUAGGAAAUGCAGGUAAAGAGUACAGAGGAGAUUUUAUAAGUCACUGGAAGAGGUUCAGAAACGUUGGUCAGUUUUAUUUAUUUGUCUAAACGUUGUUUGUCGUCGUCCGAGCUGUGACGAAACCUUUGUGCCUCUCGUUGCCGCUGCUCCUCCUGCUGCUGUAGAUGUGACUCGUUUUGCACAGUAUCUGUGUUGCAGAGAGGAAACGGAAGCUUUAAGGCAAAGUUUGUCGUUUUUACACCAACUCAAGGCACUUUGUGUUUUUCUUUAAAAGGGUGACCAUCUGUUUUUUGGGGAUUAUUUCAUUUGCACUACUAUGAUGUUGAUUAAGGAGGAGAAACGCGUCAUCAUCACAGACUCUUAAAAAUAAAGUCUCUUCAAUUCUAGAUAAAACCUUUCACUGCUCCUGUAGCUUCACAUUGUUUUUCACUUUAAUGCAUGUUAUUUACAUGGUUCUGUGAAGGGGAAUUCCACCAACUUUUAAAAAUUUCUACAUAUCUGAGUGUCUGCAGGUGUAAAUCAGAGGUUCAGAGGGUUUGGUGUGAAACAGUUCAGGCGUCUUUACAGUGGGGGUGAUGGGAACCAGGCGUCGCCAUGACUACAACACAGAUAUAGACACUUUAUUUACCAUCCAGAACCAC